UAAAAAAGCCUAAUAGAAGAGAUGUCCAUACCCAAAACAGAGCUUUGAAAAAGAAAGUUUGACUAGGGGAUGAAGUCUAAGAGGGUUUGGUAUAUAUAAAUAAAAGGAAGCAGUUUCUUGUACGUUUGGACGAUCAUAAAACUCAAUCGCUGCUUUGGAUCGGAGAGUUUCAAAAAUGAAUUGCCAAGUUUGUCAGCUGAAGGAACUGGUAUCAAAAUCCUCCUCCCUCUUCUUCUUGUUAUUUGCUAGAGAGAGAUGAGUCUCGUGUUUCUAUUUGGUUUCGUGCAGGAAGUGGAAUCAUUCGAGAUACGAGAGGUUCUACGCUGUAAGUUUAGUUAUAGGAGGAAGUAGGUAGGUUUUUGAUUCAUGUGCUCUCACUCAGUUAGCUGAUUGGAUGAUCCUACUACUACUACUACGCAUUCUACAUACGAUAGUCUUCCACAGAGCACUUGGUCUUAUCCGCCCUAAAGAUAUUGAUUUGGAGCUUUUUGACAUCACUUACGUACAAUGUGGUGAAAUAGAAGUGGAAAAAAAGAUUGACGACAGGAUUGAGCAUUUCAUUAGCUGGAUUGAGAAACACCCCAACAAGAAGAAGACUCAGUUAUGUGUAUCGUUUUAUAAAGCCAAAAGCAAACAGCCAUGGUACGCUAGUAAAACUGAUCAUCGCUCCUUCUGGGAACGCUGGUACAUCAAUCUUAAUGUGGAUGUGGUUCUCCAUCCCACUAAAUCCCCAGUCGGAAACUCUAAGCUAGUUAUGGACCUUGGUGAUGCGUCUGAGGCGAGAAGUUGUCGUAGGAAACAGCUUGAGCAAUCCCUUCAACAAGUCUUGUUCCAAAUCAUUAAAUUCGUUAAUGACAAAAAGGAUCAUGUUCCUCCUCCUAUCAACGACGAUCGUGAAAUCUAUUGCCCUUUUGAGAUCACUAUCACAAGCGCCUCAUCGGAUUCAACCUUUGGGAAGGAUAUGUGGAAGAGGAUACUACUCAACAGUGGCCAUCCGAUCCAUCCAUGAUCAGUUGAUGAUGAUUCACAUAUAUAUCUGUUUACUUUCUCCAAUCAACUGACUUCUUUCCUAGCUACUUGCAUUUCUUAUGUAUUAAGUAAACAUAUAAACGUUUUGCCUCUUCCUUGGGUUUGUGGGUUGUUGAUGGGAUCUCUUAUCUCUAUGUAAACGAAUAAAUAAGACGUAGAAAGUUGGGAUUAA